CUCUUCUUCUUCUCGCUGCAGCUCCCGAAAUCCCCCCUCCAAGCCGCCGGCACCAGCUUUGAAAAAUUGGUGAGAAAGCUUGGAAUUUCUCCUUCUUUCUUGUCCAAGAACCUGACUUGGAACCCAGAAAUCUUUCCCCUUUGCUGGAAAUUCCAGAUCUGCCUUGCUCUGCUUGUCUUCACCGCCGGCUGCUAGUGGGUAUGGGUGAUUUCUGGGCAUUUUUUCGUUCCCGUGAGCUUCCCCUGCACUUGCUGCCGGCUUCUCUCCCCCUACAGCUCCGGUUUCUACAGCUGGAGAAUUAUGGAGAAAACUUCACUCAUGAAAUUGAAGUCAAUGAGAGGUAUAAAAAUGUUGAUUCAUAUACUGAACCGAAUAAGAAAGUGUCACGUCCCAAAAUCCAAAUUCGAAGCUGCGGCAGACACCGUGCACUCGUGAGAAGGUCCCACAAAUGCACGAGCCACAAAUGCACGAGGCUCUAAACUUAUCAUACCAUAUUCUGAUACCGUCAAAAUCUGAAGAUCAAAUUUUAUAAUCUGCUUUGAUAUCAUAAAAUCUCCAAAUACACUCUAGAUUAUAAGAUCAUGAUUUAUUCUAAAAUCUAUAUCAAUCUCGAAAUGGCUAACUUUCUAACUCGUCACUUCCCAUGGUUUCCCCGUCCUCAAUUUCA